AUGUUGACAGCUAGUAGGGUGGACCUCGAGCCUCACGAAGCCGACGCAGGGUACUGCAAGUUGUUCGCAGAAACGUUUUGUGGACCAGUACUACUUUGGUUCGCGUCUCUAGCAGCCGGCUCAAUAACAAAUUUCACUGAGCUGUCAACCUCGUUCGUCAAGCAGUAUUCUAGCUUAAUCGAAACCGCGGUGACAGAUGCUCAGCUUUGGAACUUAAGCCAAAAGGGUGGAGAAUCUCUCCGGUCUUACAUAACAAAGUUCAAGGAAAUCCAGGUUAAGAUCCCGGGACUCUCGGACUCCACAGCCCUGGCCGCGCUUAAAAACGGCCUCUGGCACGAAUCUCGCUUCCGCGAAGAGUUAUCCGUGAAUCGGUUCCCAACCAUUCAGGACGCGUUACAACGGGCAUCGAACUGGAUAGUCGCAGAGGAAGACAAAAUUGCCGCUGCGCAAAAACAAAGCGUUCCGACUACAGGAAAACCACGGUUCGAAGCGCCCGCCAAGAAAACUCCGCCUACGACUCCGAAGUCCGGGCCUAGCACGUUCGCAGUCACUCAAUCUCCUAAAAAGAAUUCUCCAAAGAGUUCACCAUCCAAACCUCCAUUUUCACCGCGCUCCAAGAGCGGUGUACUCCCAAGUAACAAGUGGGUCCGAGAUGAGGACACGUAUUGCGAGCUCCACAAAACCAACAGUCAUUCCACUCGUGACUGCAAGAAGCUGAUGCAUCUCCUCGUAGAAAAGUAUGUGGCGGGAGGAAUGCCAAAUGUAACGAUCGAGGAGUUGGAGCAGAAAGUGACUCCCGGGGUGGACGAAGAUGCCCCACCUUCAAAGAAACCAAAGCAUUUUGAUGGCAAUGAAACCCCCAAGAAAAGAAUCGACGUGAUAAUGGGGGGAUCGCGCCUCUUUCGUAACUCCAUCACCACGAUCAAAGACCAUCAGCGGAAGCUCGCUAGCCCCCAGCCGAAGCGCGCUAGGGUCACGGUAAGCGAUCUACCUGAGGUUUCUUUCUCCGAGAAGGAAACUGAAGAGCUGGACACUCUGCACGAUGACGCACUCGUCAUUUCACUUGACGUGGCGAACCACGAGGUCUGCCGAAUCUUAAUUGACACUGGGAGUUCGGUAGACUUGAUUUUCCUCGAGACGCUCGCUAGAAUGGGGAUCGGGAAAGAACACAUCGUAGGACCGCCCUCACCUUUGGUCUCGUUCACUAGCGAGACGUCAAUGUCUUUGGGCACGAUCACACUACCGGUGUCCACUCAAGGAGUGGUUAAAAUGGUGGAGUUCACGGUUUUCGACCGACCUGCGGCCUAUAACGUUAUUCUGGGAACUCCCUGGCUCUACCAGAUGAAGGCGGUGGCCUCGACGUACCAUCAGUGCGUCAAAUUUCCAACCCCGGAAGGAGUCCGGGAAAUUCUGGGAAGCCAAAGGACGGCAAGGAGCUGCUAUCUCGCAAGUCACAAACUCUUGGUUCAAUAG